AUGAUCAUUGUUAGUUUCCAUGGAAAUAGCUGUGAUGGUGACGAACUUUCAACAGAAGCUAUUGAGGCUUGCGUUAUGUCUGUGGAUGUUAAUUUGGACGUUGGUUGGGAGGUUGGCUUGAACGUUUGUUUGAAAGUUAGUUUGGACCUUGGUUUGGACCUUGGUUUGGACUUUGGAGUGGAGGUUGGUUGGGACGUUGAUUCGGAUGUUGAUUCGGAUGUUGAUUCGGAUAAUGAUUCCGAUGUUGGUACGGAGGUUGAUUCCGAUGUUGGUACGGAGGUUGAUUGCGAUGUUGAUUCGGAGGUUGAUUCCGAUGUUGGUACGGAGGUUGAUUCGGAGGUUGGUUCGGAGGUUGAUUCCGAUGUUGGUACGGAGGUUGAUUCAGAGGUUGAUUUCGAUGUUGUUACGGAGGUUGAUUCCGAUUUUGAUUCGGAUGUUGAUUCCGAUGUUGGUACGGAGGUUGAUUCCGAUGUUGAUUCAGAGGUUGAUUUCGAUGUUGAUUCGGAGGUUGGUUUCGAAGUUGAUUCGGAGGUUGGUUCGGAGGUUGAUUCUGAUAUUGAUUCGGAGGUUGGUUCGGAAGUUGAUUCGGAGGUUGGUUCGGAGGUUGAUUCUGAUGUUGAUUCGGAGGUUGAUUUCGAUGUUGAUUCGGAGGUUGGUUCGGAAGUUGAUUCGGAGGUUGGUUCGGAGGUUGAUUCUGAUGUUGAUUUGGAGGUUGGUUCGAAAGUUGAUUCGGAGUUUGUUUCAGAGGUUGGUUCGGAGGUUGAUUCUGAUGUUGAUUUGGAGGUUGGUUCGGAAGUUGAUUCGGAGUUUGUUUCAGAGGUUGGUUCGGAGGUUGAUUCUGAUGUUGAUUCGGAGGUUGGUUCGGAAGUUGAUUCCGAUGUUGAUUCGGGGGUUGAUUCCGAUGUUGAUUCGGAUAUUGAUUCAAAGGUUGAUUCAGAGGUUGGUUCAGAGGUUGAUUCGGAGGUUGGUUCGGAAGUUGAUUCCGAUGUUGACUCGGGGAUUGAUUCGGAAGUUGGUUGA